AUGAAGAAACAGCGCAAGCUUAUUCUCAAAUAUAUAAAAGAGAACAAAAUAAACCAAGCACUUGGAGAAGCAAUAAGCACAAUAGAAUACUAUGAUCCCGACUAUAAAAUACAUUUUUAUGCUGGGUACUGUUAUUAUAUGGAUAAAAACCACCCUUCUGCUGUAGAGCAUUAUAAAAAAGCACUAAGCCUAUCCAGCACACCAGAGGAAUCUUUUGAAGUCUAUAAAGGUCUCUCUAAAAUAUACAUAGAAUAUGAGUAUUUAUAUAUAGAGGAAGAAAAAAAGAAGGAAAUAGAAGAAGUGCUUUUAUUUACACUGUGCAACGUAAAGGACAAAAUGUAUACAGCGCAUGAGAAAAAAACCGUUGUUUUUUUAUUAAAUUUGUAUUUAUAUAAUGAUAUAGAUAAAUACACAGACGCUUUUAUAAAGUACUGCAUGCAAGAGAUUUGUACUAGCGGAGAGAUUUGCAUGAAUGAGGAUUUUAAGGAUGAUGGGUUUUUUAUGCUUAAAGAGUACUUUAAUGAAAGGUUGAAACACUUUAAUAGAGACUUAAAGAGUAUUGUUGAUAGUGGAUGUUUCUCUAAAGAAAGAAAGGAUAUUAUUAAAGAAUUGCAGAGCAUUCUUGCAAAGGCAGACGACCUGUACUUGUACUAUCCAGAGCUUGUCGGGUGCUUGGAAAUGAGUUUGUUGAAAGUGUUUGCGAUGGGUAUCUUCUUUAUCUUACAAUGCAUGCGUAUAGCAAUUUUGCAAAGGUGCCUGCAGUGGUAUCACUUGUUAGUUAUAUUCUGGCCAAGGGUAUAA